CAGAAUCCCAGUUGCUGGCAAUGUCCCGAGAACAAAAGAAAAUGGUCAAGGCCCAGGAAUCACUGACAUUCAAUGAUGUGGGUAUGGAGUUCACCUUGGAGGAGUGGCAGCUCCUGGACGCUGCUCAGAAGAAGCUGUACUGGGACGUGAUGUUGGAGAACUAUCGCAACUUGGUGUCCAUUGGUUAUCAAGUCAGCAAACCAGAAGCACUCUCCAGGUUGGAACAAAGAAAACAAUCAUGGACUAUAUCAGAUGAAAACCAUCGUGGAGUCUUUUCAGAAAUCCGGAAAGUUGAUAAUCACCUGCUUAGGCAACAGCAAAAUGAAAGAAAGGUUGACAGCAUGGAACAGUGCUAUGAACAUAAUGCAUCGGAAAAUAUUGUUCAUCAGCACAAAAAUCAUUUUCCUUUAAGGGAAAAUCAUGCUGUAUUUGACUUACAUGAAAAAGCUGUGAAGUCAAAUUUAACUUUACCGGCAGUCAACCAAAGCAGAAGCAAUGAAAUAAAGAACUCUGCUGAGCCUAAUGGAGAUAAGAAAAGCUUUCUCCAUGCUGACCAGAAGCAAUUUUGUACUGAAAUGCAAUUCCCUGAGAGUCAAAAAUCCAACAGCACUGACUUUCAAAUCAUUAAGCGUCGGAAAACUCACAAAAUACAGAAACAGCAUGUAUGCAAUGAAUGUGGGAAAGCCUUCCUGAGGAAGUUUUUGCUCACCGAACACCAGUUCAUUCAUACAGGAGAGGAACCCUAUAAAUGCAAUCUGUGUGGGGAAAUUUUCUUUAAAAAGUUCAAGCUUAGUGAACAUUAUCACACAACUCAUAAAGGAGAAAAACCGUAUAAAUGCACAGAAUGUGACAAAGCUUACCUGCAUAAAUCACACCUCAAUAAACAUCAGAAAACUCAUAUGGCAGAGAAACCCUACGUAUGUGGUGAAUGUGGUAAAGGCUUCAACCAGAAGGGACAUCUCACUGUUCAUCAGCGAACUCAUACUGGAGAGAAACCCUAUACAUGCAGUGAAUGUGGAAAAGGCUUUAACCAGAAGGGAAAUUUUGUUAGUCAUCAGCGAAUUCACACUGGAGAGAAACCCUACAUAUGCAGUGAAUGUGGAAAAGGCUUCAUCCAGAAGGGAGAUCUCACUGUUCAUCAGAGAAGUCAUACUGGAGAGAAACCCUUCAUAUGCAAGAAACCCUUCAUAUGCAGUGCAUGUGGAAAACGUUUCAUCCAGAAGGGAGAUCUCACUGUUCAUCAGAGAAUUCAUACUGGUGAGAAACCCUACGUAUGUCGUGAAUGUGGUAAAGCCUUCAGUCAAAAGCCAUGCCUCGUAGCACAUAAGAGAUGUCACACAGGAAUAGUUUCCUUUGUAUGCAAUGAAUGUGGAAAAUCCUAUUCUCAGAAGUCAAAUCUCACUAAACAUCAGAAAAUUCACACAGGCGAGAAACCCUUUAAAUGUGGUGAAUGUGAGAAAAGCUUUGACAAGAAGGAAAAGCUCAUUGAACAUCAAAGAUCUCAUACAGGAGAGACUCCUUAUGGCUGCAAUGAAUGUGAAAAAACUUUUGCCUCCAAGUCUUGCCUUUUAUCACAUAAAAGAAUACACACUAGAGAGAAAUGUGUAGAUUCAGUGAAUGUGGAAGACCCUUCCACAGCAAGUCACAUCAAGUCACAUACCACUGAUCUCCAGCAGGAGAAAAGCCCUGUUAAUACGGUAAGUAAGGAGAUGCCUUCUCUGGCAGCUCAGACAUCAGUAAACACCUCUGAGUGUCUAACAGAUAAGAGCAUAGUCCUUGAGGGACAGCCUUUUGCUGGAUGUGAACCCUCAGGAGAUAACAGAGAGUUUGUACAGGAGAGAAACCUUAUGAAUGCAGCGAAUGGGGAAGAGCCUUCGGUGAUCAAUUACCUCAUAUUUUAUGUCACAUAAAACAGGUAGGAUAAAGUGAGAAACACUCACUGGGGAAGAGGGUUGAGUGAAAAUUUCUAUCUCAUUGUAUGGCUACAAAGUGUAUCCUGAGGGAAAUCAUAUGAAUGCAGAGACUGGGAAUGCCUGAUACACUCAUCCUACAUAAAUAUGUACUUUGAUAUCAUGACAUAAUCUGAUGUUAACACAAAUACAUACGCUUCAGUUGUUCUAUUGUGCCAAUAAAAUGAAUGAAAGUGUGAGUUAAUCUCAGUGGAGGAAAUAAAAGUGUGAAUUUCAAAAACAGAAAAGAUAAUCAGUGUCUUGAAUGUUGCCAUAAAUGAAAAAAGCCAUGACAGGUGGUUGGUUGCAAAAGGAUAAUGGAUUGGUGGGAUUUGGAGCACAUAUAGAUGAGUUCAGUUUCCCCAGAUCAGGGUGAAGGAAUAAUCGAAAACCAGAAUGUCUACCCUCAAUUUUACAACUUUCUAUUAUGCAGAAGGACCUAAAAAACAAUAACAUUACAUUGAGUUUAUUCAUUAAUGCAACAAAUGUUUGUCACAUACUGCCUUUGUGCCUGGCCGUGUUUCCAGAACUAAGGAUACAGUGGGGAAUAAAAAAAGAGAAAAGCACAUGCCUUCUUGGAGAGAGCAUUGAGUUAUUUGGAUUAUAUUUAAGUGAAAUCUUGACACUCCAACUAAUCUAGUCAAAGGAUGAUACAAUAUCUACACUAGGUAAAAGAGACAUGGAGUAAUUGGUACAAGGGGUUUAGUUAGAAUUUUUAGGAGUUAGAAAAUCCUAAAAAUUUCUUAUGACAAUUUCCUGUCAAAACUGGUUGCCAUUGAGUUGAUUCCCACUCAUGGUGACCCCCUGUGUGUGAGUGUAGAACUCUGCUCCCUAGGAUUUUCUGUGGCCCAUUUUUUGGAAGUAGAUCACCAGGUGUUUCUUUCAAGACACCUCUGGGUGGACUGGAGCCUGCUGUCUUUCAGGUUAGCAGCCAAUUGUGUUAACCGUUGGCACUACCCACAGAUUCUUGGGGUAAGGACUCCUUUUAAUAGUACUUAACCAUUGUAGGGAAAAAAAAAAAUUUUUUUUUGGUCCCCAUGUCUUACCUCCUCAAGGAGGUUAUAGAUUCCUUACUAGUUUUUUUGUUUUUCUAUUGUAUUGAAGUCAGUUCCUCUAUGUGGCCUUCGGCCUUACAUUUUUUGAAAAACAGCUUGAGAGAUUUUUUUCCCCUAAGCGCUGAGGAGGUCUUAUCUUUGCCCUAGUUUUUUGGAGAAGCAACAUGGAAGGAAGAAGUGGGUUCCUGUUGUUUUCUACCCCAAAAGGAUUGUUACUUAUGCCCAGGAUAUUUUCCUGGUUGAUUGACAUUUUCUGGGUAAGCUGUAAACAACUUGAUGGUUUGAUAGUUUAGUCUUGCCUGGUAAUUAAAAAGACCGGAGUUGGUGGACAUCUCAUGGGUAAUUGAAGAUUGGUUGAACUCUGGAAUUGUGAGGGAGGCCCCGCCUUGCAACUAACUGAUGAGAGUCAGGAUAUAUAUGUGUGUAGCUAAAAUAGAGAGGUUUGGGGGAGGCCUUCUGGAUUGCAGAAGAGAUGCUGAUUAAGAACAGGGAUGGCAGAGAAGAAGAGCCAUGUGAGAGUUGUGUGGUCCCAUGUUUACUACACUGACUGCCAAAACUAAAACCAGUUGCUGUCGAGUCAACUCCGACUCAUAGU